GACCCUUACCUGCUCUCUCCUCCCUUGCCAGACACAAAGAUCCCUCGAAGUGGACGGCUCAGUUUGGUGAGCUGUCCUCCAGGCCAACAUCCUGGAAACUGUGGACCUUCUACCAUCGGUACAGGGUGAAGGAUAUCGUCGUGUAUCCCCAGUUCAGUGGGACUUCACUCAAGGACAUCGCCCUGCUGAAGCUGUCCUCCUCCGUCACCUACAAUAAGUACAUCCAGCCCAUCUGUGUUGUGGCCUCUUCCUCUGAGUUCCAGAACAAUGCUGACUGCUGGGUGACUGGCUGGGGGCACAUCGAAGAAGGUCAGGUUCUGCCGCCUCCUUACCGUCUCCAGGAAGCACAGGUGUCCAUCAUAAACAACUCCAGGUGCGACUUCCUGUUCCGACGUCCCGGUUUCCUCCGUUACGACCCGGAUGACAUGAUUUGUGCUGGCUCUGAGAAUGGCCAACGUGACGCCUGCAAAGGUGACUCCGGUGGCCCCUUGGCCUGUGAAAAGAGAGGUCUGUGGAUUCAGGUUGGCAUCGUGAGCUGG